CCCGACAAAAUCGCCGCAACUUGCGGUGCUUGCAGUUUUUUUUUCGUAGCAAUUUCGUUAAAAUAUUAAACAAUUUAAAGAUUGUGAAUAAGUUUUUUCUAUUUUCUUACGCGCACCAAGUGCAAAUAAUUAUUUUUGCGCAAAAUGAUGUACGAGAAUGAAGAAGAGAAUUUCGAUGAGGAAAAUGCAGAGGAAAUCUCGCACGAGUUGUGGCAGGAGGCCUGCUGGAUUGUGAUCAACGCCUAUUUCGACGAAAAGGGCCUGGUGCGCCAGCAGCUGGACAGCUUUGACGAGUUCAUACAAAUGUCUGUGCAGCGCAUUGUGGAGGACUCGCCGGCGAUUGAGCUGCAGGCGGAGGCGCAGCAUACGUCCGGCGAGGUAGAGACACCGCCCCGGUUUUCGCUUAAAUUCGAACAGAUUUACUUGUCCAAGCCGACGCAUUGGGAGAAGGAUGGCUCGCCCAGUCCCAUGAUGCCCAACGAGGCGCGCUUGCGCAAUCUGACCUACUCAGCUCCGCUCUAUGUGGAUAUAACAAAGACAAAAAAUGUGGAGGGCAUGGAUCCCGUCGAGACGCAGCAUCAGAAAACCUUUAUUGGCAAAAUUCCCAUCAUGUUGAGAUCAACUUAUUGCCUGCUAUCCCAACUUACGGAUCGUGAUUUGACCGAGUUAAAUGAGUGCCCACUGGAUCCAGGUGGCUAUUUUAUUAUAAACGGCUCGGAAAAAGUGCUCAUUGCGCAAGAGAAGAUGGCCACAAACACCGUGUACGUCUUCAGCAUGAAGGACGGCAAAUAUGCCUUUAAAACGGAGAUACGCUCCUGCUUGGAGCAUAGUUCGCGACCCACCUCAACACUCUGGGUGAACAUGAUGGCGCGUGGCUCGCAGAACAUCAAGAAGUCGGCAAUUGGACAGCGCAUCAUUGCCAUUCUGCCGUAUAUUAAGCAGGAGAUACCCAUUAUGAUUGUGUUUCGGGCAUUGGGCUUUGUGGCAGAUCGCGAUAUAUUGGAGCACAUAAUUUACGAUUUUGACGAUCCAGAGAUGAUGGAAAUGGUGAAGCCCUCACUGGACGAAGCCUUCGUCGUGCAGGAGCAAAAUGUCGCUUUGAAUUUCAUCGGAGCUCGUGGAGCACGCCCAGGAGUUACCAAGGACAAGCGCAUAAAAUACGCUAAGGAAAUUCUGCAAAAAGAAAUGCUGCCGCAUGUGGGAGUCUCAGACUUUUGCGAGACAAAGAAGGCCUAUUUCCUAGGCUACAUGGUGCAUCGCCUGCUGCUGGCUUCGCUGGGCCGCCGUGAACUCGACGAUCGUGAUCACUAUGGCAACAAACGUUUGGAUCUGGCUGGGCCGCUUUUAGCCUUCCUCUUCCGCGGCCUCUUCAAGAACUUAAUGAAGGAGGUGCGCAUGUACACACAGAAAUUCAUUGAUCGCGGAAAGGACUUCAAUCUGGAGCUGGCUAUCAAGACCAACAUUAUUACAGAUGGUCUGCGUUAUUCGCUGGCCACCGGCAACUGGGGUGAUCAGAAGAAGGCUCAUCAGGCUCGUGCCGGUGUCUCGCAGGUGUUGAAUCGUCUCACAUUUGCCUCCACAUUGUCACAUUUGCGCCGUGUCAACUCGCCCAUCGGACGCGACGGUAAAUUGGCCAAGCCGCGUCAGUUGCACAACACCCUGUGGGGUAUGUUGUGCCCGGCGGAGACACCUGAGGGCGCAGCUGUGGGUUUGGUCAAGAAUUUGGCACUCAUGGCCUACAUUUCGGUGGGUUCACAGCCGUCGCCGAUUCUGGAAUUCUUGGAAGAGUGGUCAAUGGAAAAUCUAGAGGAAAUUGCACCCUCGGCGAUUGCGGAUGCGACCAAAAUCUUCGUCAAUGGCUGCUGGGUGGGCAUUCAUCGAGAUCCGGAGCAGCUGAUGGCCACGCUGCGUAAAUUGCGCCGCCAGAUGGAUAUCAUUGUAUCCGAGGUGUCCAUGAUUCGCGACAUUCGCGAUCGUGAGAUCAGAAUCUACACGGACGCUGGCCGCAUAUGUCGGCCUCUGCUUAUUGUGGAAAAUGGCACGCUGCUAUUAAAGAAAACGCACGUGGAGAUGUUGAAGGAGCGAGACUACAACAACUACAGCUGGCAGGUGCUGGUUGCCUCUGGUGUCGUUGAGUACAUUGACACGCUCGAGGAGGAGACGGUCAUGAUUGCCAUGUCGCCCUACGAUCUCAAACAGGACAAGGACUACGCAUAUUGUACCACCUAUACGCACUGUGAGAUUCAUCCGGCCAUGAUACUGGGCGUUUGUGCCUCCAUUAUACCCUUCCCCGAUCACAACCAGAGUCCACGUAACACCUAUCAAAGUGCUAUGGGCAAGCAGGCCAUGGGCGUCUAUAUAACCAACUUCCAUGUGCGCAUGGACACAUUGGCGCACGUGCUCUAUUAUCCCAUGAAGCCGUUGGUGACAACACGCUCCAUGGAGUACUUGCGUUUCCGUGAGCUGCCUGCGGGUAUUAACUCAAUUGUGGCAAUUUUGUGCUACACUGGCUAUAACCAGGAGGAUUCUGUCAUUCUGAACGCCUCGGCAGUCGAGCGUGGAUUCUUCCGUUCGGUGUUCUAUCGUUCGUACAAGGAUGCCGAGAAUAAGCGUGUUGGUGAUCAGGAAGAGAACUUUGAGAAACCGCAUCGUGGCACAUGCCAGGGCAUGCGUAACGCUCACUAUGACAAACUGGACGACGAUGGCAUCAUUGCACCUGGCAUACGUGUCUCUGGAGAUGAUGUCGUCAUUGGCAAGACAAUAACGCUGCCCGAAAACGAUGAUGAGCUGGACAGCAAUACAAAGCGAUUCGCUAAGCGUGAUGCCUCCACGUUUUUGCGUAACUCGGAGACGGGCAUUGUGGAUCAGGUUAUGUUGACACUGAACAGCGAGGGCUAUAAGUUCUGCAAGAUUCGCGUGCGUUCAGUGCGCAUACCACAGAUUGGCGACAAGUUUGCCUCGCGUCACGGACAGAAGGGUACAUGUGGCAUACAGUAUCGGCAAGAGGACAUGCCAUUCACCUGUGAGGGUUUGGCGCCAGACAUUAUCAUCAAUCCGCACGCUAUUCCCUCGCGUAUGACAAUUGGUCAUUUGAUCGAAUGCCUGCAGGGCAAGCUGGGCUCCAAUAAGGGCGAAAUUGGUGAUGCCACGCCCUUCAACGAUGCCGUAAAUGUGCAAAAGAUAUCAACUUUCCUGCAGGAGUAUGGCUAUCAUUUGCGUGGUAAUGAGGUCAUGUACAACGGCCACACGGGACGCAAAAUCAAUGCGCAGGUGUUCCUUGGUCCCACCUACUAUCAACGUCUCAAGCACAUGGUGGACGACAAAAUCCAUUCACGUGCCCGUGGUCCUGUGCAGAUUCUUGUGCGACAGCCCAUGGAGGGCAGAGCCCGUGACGGCGGUCUGCGUUUCGGUGAAAUGGAGCGCGAUUGUCAAAUUUCUCACGGCGCCGCACAGUUCUUGCGCGAGCGACUGUUCGAAGUGUCUGAUCCGUAUCGAGUGCAUAUUUGCAACUUCUGCGGGCUGAUUGCUAUUGCCAAUUUGCGCAACAACACUUUCGAGUGCAAAGGUUGCAAGAACAAGACGCAAAUCUCGCAGGUGCGUCUGCCGUACGCGGCCAAACUGCUCUUCCAGGAGCUCAUGUCCAUGAACAUCGCACCACGACUGAUGGUCAGCUAGUCGUGCGCCACCAUCUAUUAAUAUUAUAAACAUCAUUUUGGAGCUGCUUGUGCUUCGUUUAGUAAUUAAAUUAAAUUUCCAUAAUUAUGACGAUCCAACCGCCGCCAUGUACGAGCAUGUCAUGUAGACCAAGCAAAAUUGGUAGUGUCUUCUAAGUCCAUCUCGCAAGUGGAGCAAAUGCGUGUGCUGAAUUGUAAAGAUGGCAACGUGCCUGGAACACCCAAAUAGUUGAGCGAAAGUCUGCAUUAGGAGUUAACAAGCCGAACAAAUUUUGAAUAAUUUGUCGGUAUGGCGCAGAUUCCUCAAACGGGUAUUUCUGGUGCAGCACAACGCUUGUAACACAUUGAUGGACUUUUUUCAUUGGAUUGCCUCAACGACAAUGAUUUAUGAUGAUCUAAAUAGGAUUGUAUUAUAUAUCAACACUCCGUAA